CUGGCAGUACCAAUCGUACUCGUCUCAACGAGUCAACGUGCGUAUGGGUACCUCCGAUCCAUCCGUGGAGAUGGCGGCGUCCAAGCCUUGCGUCCUCGUCGUGCCCUUCCCCGCGCAGGGCCACACGGUGGCGCUCCUCGACCUGGCGGCCCUGCUGGCCGCGCGCGGGCUCCGCCUCACCGUCGUCACCACACCCGCCAAUGCCUACCUGCUCUCGCCUCUCCUCGCCGCUCACCCCGACAUGGUCCGGCCCCUCACGCUCCCCUUCCCCUCCCACCCUUCUCUCCCCGCGGGCCUCGAGAGCUUCCAGGACUGCCCUCCCACCUACGCCGCCGUCUUCGUCCACGCUCUCGCCGCCCUCCACCACCCCAUCCUCGCGUGGGCCAAGUCGCACCCCGUCGCCGCCAUCCUGUCCGAUUUCUUCUGCGGGUGGACGCAGCCUCUCGCUGCCGAGCUUGGCGUCCCGAGGCUGGUCUUCACGCCUUCCGGCGUCCUCGGCACCGCCGUCCCGCAUUCGCUCUUCCGCCGACUCGUCAAGCAGCGACCGUCAGACGCCGACCACGUCGUUGCCUUCCCGGAUAUUCCUGGCGAGCCGGUGUAUCAGUGGAAGGAGCUCUCCAUCAUGUACAGGAUGUACGCCGAAGGCCUCGUGGAUGAAGAGUUCGGCGAGGCAGUGAGGCGGAACUAUCUCUGGAACCUCGAGAGCUGGGGAUUCGUGUCCAACACGUUCCGUGCCCUCGAGGGGAGGUACCUGGACACGCCGCUCGGUGACCUGGGGUCAAGGCGCGUGUGGGCGGUGGGACCGGUCGCGCCGGAGGCAGACGCCGCCGGCCAGCGCGGCGGGGAGGCGGCCGGCGAUCUCAGCGCGUGGCUGGACGUGUUCCCGGAAGGUUCAGUCCUGUACGUGAGCUUCGGCAGCCUGGUGGUGCUGACCCAGCCAGCGGCCGCGGCGCUAGCCGAAGCGCUGGAGCGGAGCACCGUCCCGUUCGUGUGGGUGGUGGGCGCCGGGAAGGACGGCGGCUUGGUCCCACAAGGUUUCGAGGAGCGCGUGGCGGCGGCGGGGCGCGGGGUGGUAGUUCACGGGUGGGCGCCCCAGGUGGCGACGCUGCGGCACGCGGCGGUGGGGUGGUUCAUGACGCACUGCGGGUGGAACUCGGUGCUGGAGGCGGUGGCUGCGGGGGUGCCCAUGCUGGCGUGGCCGAUGACGGCCGACCAGUUCGUGAACGCGCGGCUGCUCGCGGAGGAAGCGGGCGUCGCCGUGCGCGCGUGCGCGGGCGGGAUCGGCGUCUGCCCGGACGCGGGCGAGCUCGCGGCCGUACUGGCGGAUGCUGCCGGGGAGGGAGGGCGCGGAGUGCGCGCACGUGCCAAGGAGCUGGCGGCGGAAGCGGCGGCCGCGGUGAUGGAAGGUGGGAGCUCGCGCCUGGACUUGGAGCGGUUGGUUCAAGAGAUUCCGAAGCUUUGAAUCCACGUGCACCAAUCUGUUGUUGAGCGCUGGCUCUGAGACUACCCAUAGUGGAAGUAACAUAGGUGGUAACAUCAUACUUAUCUAGGCAAAAGAGAUGAUGUGGCAUAUAAUUAAUGAAAAAAAGA